AUGGGCUGGUUCUGGGCGGACUCGACAACAACAUCACCACCAUCAGCCCCUCAUCCGAUACCAGCGAGAUCGGAUGCGCAACCUCCAGUGUGUAUACCAAUGAUUCCGUUAUACGGGAGUUAUACUGACAUGCCGUUAGCCAUCAUGUCCUAUGCACAACAAGACCACAUCCACGCUCGCUCCGCCAGCCCCAACAUCUUCGACAUUGGAACGACCGAGCGCAUGCCCCGUCAAACACGACCCACCCUCAUCGUCUUCCAGCGCGUCGCCUUCAUAUAUAUCGAAGCUGAACCCGCUCAACUAUAUGCCCGAGAGCAUCUCGAAUAAGCGCGAAUCCAGCAACCAGAGCAUCAAUCUACCACUGCAGCGCGAAGCUUCAACAAUACCUCGUGGCGAUGGAGAAGGAACUUGGGAAUAUCCUUCGCCACAGCAGAUGUACAACGCGAUGCUGCGCAAAGGAUACACGGACACGCCAGCCGAACAUGUGGAAAGCAUGGUUGCCGUGCACAACUUCCUGAAUGAAGGAGCAUGGGAAGAGAUCAAAGGCUGGGAAGCGCGGUUUGGACAAGGUCUCUGGAAGGGUUGGGAGAAGUGCGCACGAGGUGAAGAAGGCUUUGCACAGCUCCAAGCACUGGAAGCCUUACGACGGACAAGAGGCGAAGAGGAAUCAGAGCCAAAGCUCUUGCGAUUCCAAGGACGACCGAAUGAGCCGACUCCCAAGGCGCGAAUGCUUUCUUUUAUGGCGCGCGUAUAUCCCGCAGCGUUUCCAGACAACCCACCUUUCGACCGUCACGACUGGUUUGUGCAGCGGCACGGACCCAGUGGCAAGACGCAGGAAGUGCGAUAUGUGAUCGAUUACUACUCUGGGCCUCCAGAGCCUACAGGCGAGCCUGUGUUCUAUCUCGAUGUACGCCCUGCGGUCGAUGGACCGACCGCAGCAUGCGAGAGGAUGCUCAGAUGGGGUUCUGAUGUCUGGUGGCGCGCAAGCGGAGCCAGUGUGAGAGAGGAACUGGCAAGACAGAAGAGGUGA